CAAGCAAGCCAUUGGAGUAUAACAAAAAAAUCAACUAUGGCUUUUAACCUCUCAGCUGUUUCUUUAGCCACUCUGCUUUUGUUGGCAUCUUGUUCAUCAUUUGUGUUUGGUGUAUCAGAGGCCAGUUCAUCAUAUUCAUCAUCUUCACAUCACCAUUUAGUGAAGGGACUUUCAUGGAGUUUCUAUGAAUAUGAAUGUCCUAAGUUGGAAUCUAUUGUGAGAAAACAUCUCAAGAAGGUUUUCAAGGAGGAUAUUGGCCAAGCUGCUGGCUUGCUUCGCGUUCACUUCCAUGACUGCUUUGUUCAGGGAUGUGAUGGUUCAGUGCUGCUUGAAGGAUCGGCAAGCAAGCCGAGCGAGCAAGAAGCGCCUCCGAACCUAAGUUUGAGGGCAACUGCAUUUGAGAUCAUCAAUGAUCUCCAUGCGCUCGUACAGAAGGAAUGUGGCAGGGUCGUCUCCUGUGCUGACAUCACUACUCUUGCAGCUCGCGACUCUGUUUACCUGUCAGGAGGGCCCGAGUAUGAUGUCCCGUUGGGCAGGCGGGACAGCCUAACUUUUGCAACGAGGAAUGUGACACUGGAAAACCUUCCGGCACCAACACACAACGCCAGCUUCCUCCUUACCUUUGCCGCCAAGAAGAAGUUCGACGCCACUGACCUCGUGGCCCUCUCUGGUGGCCACACUAUUGGCCUCAGCCACUGCACUUCCUUUGAAAAUAGGCUCUACCCAACUCAAGACCCAACCGUGGACACAGACUUUGCUAGUGACCUCAAAGUCAUAUGCCCAACAACAAACUCAACCAACACAACUGUGCUAGAUAUCAGGACUCCAAACAAAUUUGACAACAAGUACUAUGUUGAUCUCUUGCACCAGCAAGGCCUCUUCACCUCCGAUCAAGACUUGUACACCGAUGAGAGGACUCGUGACAUUGUUGAGAGCUUUGCUCAUGAUCAGAAUCUGUUUUAUGAAAAAUUCGCAUCUGCGAUGAUAAAGAUGGGCCAGUUAAGCGUGUUAACAGGUGGGAAAGGAGAGAUUCGAGCGAAUUGCUCAGUGACGAAUUCGGAUAAUUUGGACUUGGCAUCUGUGGUUGUGGUUGAAGAGGAUUUGGAGACCGCGGCAGAGCUGCGGUAAAACUACCUAUCCAGAAAUAUUAUCGAGAAUUGUACUUGAUAUUUCUUGAUAAAAGUGUGGUAAAAAUUAUGGAUAUGUUGUUAUGUUUUCGUAUACUUGGUUGAGUGUUUUGUAACUUGUUUAGUACUACAACGCUCAAAAUAAAUAGUUGGUCAUGUAGUACAUUAGCUAAUUUGGUGUCAUGGUUAUUAAGUGUGGGUAAAAAUUAUGGAUAUGUAGUUAUGUUUUUUAUACUUGGUUGAGUGUUUUGUGACUUGUUUAGUACAAUAACUCUCAAAAUAAAUA